GGAGGCGGGGCCACGCACAUGACCCAUUACGUCAUAUUUUGCGACAAUUUGUUGGCGCUCCGGGCAAAAUAAAAACAUAAACGCAAAGAAUUUUCUGUCUGAGAUGUCGUCUGGAGCAGAUGAAUCUCCAUCAUUGGAAUCAUCAUGUGGACUAAAGCCAGUUAGGAGGUCUCCUCGUCUGUCCCCACAGGGAGGUGCAGUUCAAGGAAAUGAGAAAAAGCAGAAAGGUAGCACCCUGCAGGAGGCAAAGAAGAAAGGGAAAAUGUCAAGGAGCCGAGAAGAGCGAGACAAGGAUCUGCAGGUCCAACUGCAGCGGCUGGACCUGUCCAGCAGGUCGCCUGCCAGCAGGACAGGUUUGGUCUAUUCAGAGACCUUCACUCGUCAUCACAACCUGUGGGACUCCAACCAUGCAGAAAGUCCUGCCAGAGUGACGUCCAUCAUGGAGGAGCUGGACAGACAAGAGCUGUCGUCUCGCUGUGUUCAAGUCCAGCCCAGAGCAGCCACUGAUGAAGAGCUGCUUCUCGUCCACACGAAGCAAUACAUCGAGCUGAUUAAGUCCACCCAGAUGAUGUCUGAGAUAGAACUGCGUCAACUUUCUGACAAAUAUGAUUCCGUUUAUAUCCAUCCUGAGACCUUCCAGGUGUGCAUAUUGGGGGUGGGAUCAGUACUCCAGCUGGUAGACCAGGUUUUGACGUCUGAAUUGAGGAACGGCUUUGCUGUCAUCCGGCCUCCAGGACAUCACGCUCAGUCAAACAAGGCCAACGGUUUUUGUAUUUUCAACAACGUGGCCAUUGCAGCUCGCUACGCUCAGAACAAACACAAAGUCAAAAGGGUGUUGAUCGUGGACUGGGACGUUCAUCAUGGUCAAGGUAUCCAGUACGUUUUCCAGGAAGACCCCAGCGUGUUGUACAUGAGCGUGCACAGGUUUGAGCAGGGUGCUUUCUGGCCUCACCUGCCAGAAUCUGCCAACACCUUUUUGGGCAGCGCCCCCGCCGAAGGACGAAACAUCAAUCUGGCCUGGGCCACGGCAGGGAAAAGCGACGCAGACUAUGUGUGUGCUUUCCAGCAACUGCUGCUUCCUGUCGCCUAUGAAUUUCAGCCGGAGCUGGUUCUGGUCUCUGCUGGUUUUGAUGCUGCACUCGGGGAUCCCAAGGGUCAGAUGUGCGUAAGUCCUGAGUGUUUCCAGACACUGACACACAUGCUAAUGUCUUUGGCAGAAGGUCAACUCGUUCUGGCUCUUGAGGGAGGUUACAACCUGCAGGCGACAGCAAAGGGUGCUACCGCUUGCGUUCGCGCUUUGCUGGGUGGAGCCUGUGCACCGAUGGCUUCAUCCACUGCACCCUCUGACUGUGCCAUGAAGUCCAUCUCUGAGACCAUCUCGGCUCUGUAUCCAUAUUGGACCUCACUUCAAGUCCUGGAGGGUGAUCAUCUUGCUGAAGGAAAUGUCCUCAGAUUAACAGCCAAUGAGGAGAGGCCACAAGGUCCCCUUGUCACGACAACAGGCCUGGUGUAUGACGAAAGAAUGAUGGAGCACCUGAACCUGUGGGACAGGCAUCAUCCUGAACAGCCACAAAGAAUCUUCAAGAUCUUCUCUAGACAUGAGCAGCUUGGACUGGUGGAACGUUGCCAACGCAUCCCAGCUCGUUUUGCCACCGAGGAUGAGCUCGCCAUGUGUCACACCGCUGACCACAUCAAGCUGAUGAAGUCUACCACUACGAUGAAGAGCAGAGAUCUCUAUAACCUGGGAGAAGAGUUCAACUCCAUCUUCAUCAACAAUCAGAGUUUCCAGUCAGCCCUGCUGGCUGCUGGAAGCUGCUUCAACGCUGUGGACCACAUCAUGAGUGGACAGGUCAGAAGCGGCGUGGCUAUCGUGCGUCCCCCUGGUCACCAUGCUGAGAGAGAGACAGCAUGCGGUUUUUGCUUCUUCAACACGGCGGCACUCGCCGCUCGCUACGCACAGAAGACUUCCCAGCAUGCAUCUGCACGAGUCUUAAUCCUGGACUGGGACGUUCACCACGGCAAUGGCACGCAGCACAUGUUUGAAGACGACGAUAGCGUCCUCUACAUCUCCCUUCAUCGCUAUGACGACGGGAGCUUCUUUCCGUCCUCAGAAGACGCCGCCUCGGACCGGGUGGGAGUGGCCAAAGGGACGGGCUUUAAUGUCAACGUGGCGUGGAGCAACGGCAGGAUGGGAGACGCCGAUUAUCUCGCCGCUUUCCACCAUGUUGUCAUGCCGAUUGCCACCGAGUUCAAUCCAAGUCUGGUUUUGGUGUCGGCGGGAUUCGACGCGGCGCGGGGAGACCCUCUGGGCGGAUACCGUGUGACUCCGGAGUGCUAUGCCCACCUCACUCACAUGCUGAUGUCGUUGGCUUGUGGGCGAGUCUUACUCAUACUGGAAGGUGGUUACAACUUGACGUCCAUCUCUGAAUCGAUGGCCAUGUGCACGAGCGUGUUACUCGGCGACCCUCCUCCUUCUUUGGAGACGCCCCUCCCUCCAGCUCACCGCUCCGCCGUGGCAGCCAUUAAUGAAGUCAUCCGACACCACGCCCCCUACUGGAAGUCGCUGAGGAUAAACAUCCCAGAAUCCCUGCGAGCAGCUAUAUCGUCCCCAAGCGCUCAUCAGAGGCGCAGUGGAAAAGUGAAAGGCAGGAGGUCAAGACAGAGUGGUCCGGACAAGCCACUACUGCCCCCUGUGGGAUCGGAGGGCACAGCAGCCAACCACAGUUUGGACCAGCUCACACUAGGAUUGGCGAGCUUGGACAUCAGACAUAGCACGCCGCACCCAUCUGACCUGGGAGCGGAGUCAAGUGAAAAGACAUCUGAGGAGAACCAAUCCAUGGCGGAGUCAAAUGAAGUUUCACCUAAGCAGAGCCAAUCAGCAGAGAGCUCGCAGACUCCGAUCGUGGUCGUCGCCGCACCAGCAGAUGAUGAUCGUGGAGAAGGGGCAGAGCCUGAGCCGCAGGGAGCAUGCGGUUGGUCCAAACCUCAAAGUACUCUGGAGCUGAUGAGUGGAGUUCAGAUGGCUUCCAUGUACGUGGUGGACCCUCUUUCCUGGUGUCCUCACCUGGACGCCGUCAAGCCCCUGCCCCCAUCUGGUAUCGAUGUCUUCCUGCCCUGUCAGGACUGCGCCUCGGAGGCAGAGAACUGGAUUUGCCUCACUUGCUACAAGGUGGCGUGCGGCCGUUACGUCAACGAGCACAUGUUGACGCACGGCGCGAUGUCCGAUCAUCCCGUGGUGCUGAGCUUCUGCGACCUCUCCGUGUGGUGCUACGCGUGCGAGGCCUACGUGCACAACCAGGCCGUGUUUGAGGCGAAGAACGCCGCCCACAGCUCCAAGUUUGGAGAGGAGAUCCUGUCAAGGAGUUAGGAGAACGAGGACGCAAAAGAGAUGAUAAUGAAGAGUGCUCUGACUUUUUAUACAUUUUGUCAUUGUUACAGUGCACCCCAGCCAAUUGUUUUGUAUCGUUUUACUCCUCCCACAUACUUAAAACACAUUUAAACUUUUUAAAACUUAAAAUUAUUAUCACACCUAUUCUCACUUGCCAGCUGUCAAGAGGCAACGAAAAAAAAGACACCUCCGAAUAAGAUGCAAAGCACACUUGCAUCAAGCGUUUUUAUUUUAUUUUUUUUUUUUUUUUUUUGACAAGUAAAGUGUACGUCAAUGAACAUUUCUGUAGAUGUACCAAAUUAGCCAAGGGGCGUUUUUUUCCUCUGUUGACCCUGAGGCAAGGUGUGUAAAGUGUCUUGCCCAAAGACACAACGACACAUGCCUCGGACAGAGCUGAGUUCGAACCUGCCGACCCUCUGGUUUCUGAGGGUGUGGCUCUACAUUGCCUGAGCCACAUCUCGUUCCCAUUUCCCGUUUGCCGCAAAAUGAAAUGAAGCAAUAUAUAUUUAAAAUGUUCAACAAAACCAUGAAAAAAAACAGGUGGACGUUAGCCAGCCUGAAAUACAGACGGAAGCUCACUGUCAGACUGACGAUGCCCUCCACUCUUUAUAACCUUUAAAACAUCCGCUACUUAAACAAACGUGGAGCAGUAGCACAUACAGUACAUACAACGGUGCUCAAAGUCAUUCUUUCAUUCUACUCCGUGGAAAUUGAGAUUAUCGCUGCAUUUUAGUCAGGGAAUUUCCUUUCCUCUACUUGAACUUUGGUACAACACUGAAUGUGUGGAAAUCAACAUUUGGACUGGCUUAUAUAAUUAUAUAGUAAACAUUUUUUAAAAGUCUGCAGUAUAUUGAGGUCGCCAAGAUGAACUGCAAUAUCGGAGGGGUUCAGUGUCACUUUGCCUUUUAGCCAAUUGGAAUUGUUGACAUUAAUAUGUUGAAGUUGCUGUGGCAACACUGUUGCGCAAUAAUGUUUGUCUACAAACUAUCAACAACAACAAAAAGCUUUUGUAUGUUUUUAAGAGAUUCACGUGGGACGAUAAUUACACAAAUUAGUCAUUGUUCACGGAGAGCAUCCAUCCAUUGUAUUUACUUUUUAUUGUCAUUAGGGUCGUGGGUGAGUUGGAGUCAAAUAGACAAACAAUCGGCAGUCAAAGUUGGGCAAAUGGGGAAAACCAAUAGACAGGUCGCCAAACAAGCCAUGGUACAUAUAGGUAAACAAUAGACUGGUUACAAUGAAAUGCUCAUACUUGGUUAUAAUUAUUAGAGAAAUGUAACUUUUUAUAUGUGCUUAUUCAUUUUAAAAUGUAUUGUUUGAUAAUUUAUCUUAUUACAUAAUUUGUUAAUUGAUUUAUCUUAAAUAAAAUACAUUUGUAAAAUCA